AUGCUCGUCGCUAAACUUUGUGGACCGGGUCACGGAAAACUAAAAUAUCUCUAUCAUACAAGUGAAAAAAGUACUUAUGAUCAUUUGGCAAAAAAGGCGCCUCUUGAGUUGGUGUAUUGGCCUACUAUCCCAUGGCAGAAAUUGUACCCUAAAGAAGAAAGUGAAAACCAAGGCGAUGUUGCUGAUGCAAUGGUAACUAUAGGUUUAUCUCAUGGCUGGGUAGCUUCUUUGAAGAACGGAACUGUGCGUCUCCAAGACGAUAUAAACCCGGCUGCAUCAGAUUCAGAUCCAAAACGUAUCUCGUUGCCUCCUCUUGUAACUCUGCGUCAUUGCCAAACCCAAAUCGUCACCAACGUGGCAAUGUCCACACCUUCUCCAGACGAAGAGGAUUGUGUUGUGGCUGCUAAGUUCUUGGGACCUCAGCUCAGCUUUUGCAGACCGGGUCAAAGGAACUCCGAAUGGAUCAACGUCAGAAUCGAAAACCCCUGUUUCUUCUCCUCCCGAGUCAUGUUUUCAAAGAAACAUGACAUGUUUCGCAUACCCGGAUCUGGAGGCCACCUCAUUGCAUCAUGGGAUCUCGACAAACACAAGCACACACCCAAGAUUCAGAAGUUGCGAUAUCAAGGCUUUCCCGAGCUGACCAAGACCAAACGGGAGCUUUUGAAUUCAUGCACCACGAGCGAACACUUGGUGGAGUCACAAUCCACGGGUGAAACAUUCUUGCUUAAGUGGUACCAGAAGACCUUCGAGGCCAUUGACACCAUAAUGAAAACAGAAUAUUUAAUGGUGUUCAAGCUUGAUGAAGAAGGAAAUGCGGUUUACACUAAUGACAUCGGAGAUCUCUGCAUUAUCCUCUCAAAGUCUGAACCUUUCUGUGUCCCUGCUAGCUCAUUUCCCGGAUUGCUCCCCAACAAAGUCCUUCUCUUUCAUUUCGUCGAGGUCGGACUUCGGAGUGGUCGAUCUGGCUGA